CGAGGACCUUGCAUUGACGGUUAACAUCGGCCAUGCAUGUGGUAUUGUUGUCUACGCUGUUUCUUUCUGUUCUGUUAGAUGAAGUCAAAGCUUUCUGCCCAAAUUGUGACAUUCAAUUGACUUCCUUCACACCCACGGUGCCAGUCCUACCCGUCGGUUCAGCAAUACUUUACACGUUUGGACUAACCAUAAAGAACCUGGAGACUGGAGGAGCUGUCAACAAAAGGAUCGAUAAAGUCAACACGCCGAAUGAAAACUAUAAGCUGACACUCUUCUAUUCCAAUUUCGAUGUGAAUGCUGUUGGGAUAGGCAGCAACUCCAUUACCCAGACCCCUGGCCAGACGACCACAAUUCCUGUCUUCAAGACACCUGGAGCAGCACUGGUAGGCCUCAACACUCAGGCUGAGCUGAAGGUCGAAGGCGAAGGUACCCUUACAAUCCCCGCCGCAGAAUGCUCUCUGGUGCGGUUUGUCUGUCUGUUUGUAGAGCCUGGCUCAGGGGCGGACUGGUCGGAUUCGAAUGCAGCGGAUAACUAUCGUUGCCAAGAUGUGAAGUCAUCUAUCACAAAAUGUGGAGUCGAUAUUAUCGGCACCAACUUUGCGAUGAACGUUGGGAACCCUGUGGUGAAAUCAGGCAAAGCCACCAGCCUCGGCUUUGACAUCGUGGUCAAGAACAAUGCCCCAGUUGGCUCAGGUGCCGACAUCAACGCCGCCGCUGGAGCAAACUUUGCAGUGGACCUCUACUUCGCACAGGCUGACAUAUCGGUUACCCGAGCAACGAUUAAAACUGUUGCCUUUCCUGCUUCUACUACGGGCGACCUGACCGCUGCACUGGCCCCUGGUUCCUCGACGGCUCUGUACCCUAUGACGGCCACAGCUACCAUUCCUGCAGUUGACUGUCCAAAAUACACAUGGGCGUGUGCAUGCGUCAAGAAAGGAAACGCUGCGGCCUACGACGACCUUGACGUCACAAAUAAUUGUCAGUGUCUGGCUGCGACAAGUCUCAUAUCUUGUCCUCCAGACGUAAACAUAGUUUCGGUCACCCCUACGGGCGCAGCAGUAAUUGAUGAUUACACUACCCCUGUAGGAAGUGCGGCUGACUUUGGCGUGGACGUGAAAAUAAACAACGUGGCAGCUGCAGGCAUAGAAAACAACAUCGUCGCUGCUGUCGGUAGCGACAGGAACUAUAUACUCUCACUUAAGUUGACAGAUGCGAACCUGAGGGCUGGUGGCACGGAUACCCUAGCUCUACCAGCUGGAAACAUCGCACUAACGCACCCGGCUACCGCUCAGCUCCAGGUUGGUCUUACAGCUGGUGGUCUCGGGGCAGCGGACCAGAAGGACUUAAGUGCCAUCGCCAAAAUGACAAUCCCCACUGCUAGUUGUAAAGCAGUGAAGUACCUCUGUACCACUGUAUCACAAGACCCGACGUCCACCUACCCUGCGGAGACAAACCUUGCUAAUAAUGUGAAAUGCGUUGACUUGGUAGCAUCGAGGAGGAAGAAUUGUAAACCAAAAUUUAACAACCUCGACAAGGUUAUCGACUGGCCAGAACUCUCUGCUGGUGUGAUAUACGACACUGACGCAUCUGAUCCGGACUCAGAUACGCUGACCUACUCCUUCGCCGCUGGUACUCUUGGGAUGUUUACCAUUAACUCUGCAGAUGGUAAAGUAUCUCUGACAACUCCUUUCGAUUUCGAAACUGGAACCAACCAGUACAAGUUGUUGACCCACGCAGACGACGGAAGGGGUGGUACAGCCACUGGGACACUGACCGUGAACGUAGUUGACGUAAAUGAACCUCCGGUGCUGACCCCCUCGGCUGCUGCGGUGAGCGUUGGGGAACACACUCAGGGCGAUAUCGGCAUGGCCAUCAGCAAGGUGGACCCCGACGUGUCUAAUGGUCAGGGAAUAACAUACUCAGUGCAGAAACCGGCUGGAGCACCCUUCACUGUGGACGCUAGUGGAAAUGUCAAGGUCAUAGCCCCAGGUCUUGACUACCGCAACCCUGGCUCUCAUACAUGGGUCCUUGAGAUCAUUGGCGUGGACAAAGGCAGCCCAGCGCCAGUAGUCAGGACAGGUACCACCCAGGUGACCGUGACAAUCACGGAUGAGCCUGAUCAACCUAAGAUCAGUGGUAUGCCUGCGACUGUCAGCAUCAAGGAGAACGUUACUGAUGGACCCACAGAGAUAUUCAAGGUUGUAGCCACAGAUCCCGACGGCGAUUCACUGACAUACGUGCUGCAGGCCUCGCCUCUGGAUGGGAAGUUCAGGAUGGAUCCUUCAGACCACACGAAAAUUCAAUUCACAGCCAACCCAGCCUUCAACUACGAGAAACAAAAGCAGUACAAGCUGACCGUGUUCGUGAUGGACGGCACCACCAAGGCUGCGAUGGGAGAGCUCACAGUUAUCAUCAUCGACAUACCAGAGAAACCACGCUUUCUCAACCUACCAAACAAGGCUUAUAUCCCUGAACACCAGUUUCAUGGUUGUCAAAUUUUCGAGGUGCUUGCAGUUGACGACGAAAACGACCCGAUAAACAUCAAGAUGGAUGUCUUUCAUCACAAUUCCGGCAAUACAAAGUUUGAAAUCGACAAAUGGGGCUCCGUGAGGACGACCUACAACAACUGCCUUAACCAUGAGAUAGAUCCUUACUACAUCGCCAACAUCACAGCAUGCGACAUGACAGGCUGUGCCGUAGCCAAUCUGACCAUCUACGUGGAGGACUGGAUCGAACCGCCCAUCUUUAACCCACAGUUUUACGCUCUCGUCCUCAAGGAGUCACAGAGCACCAUUGUACCACUACCGAUCGACGUGACCAGGCUGGUGACAGACCCUGACCACAAAGACACACGGAGCUGCUCCAUAGCCUCCUCUACCUUCAGCUCUUUCAUACGAUCUACGGGAGGCUGUACCAUCUAUCUCAACAAGGCGCUUGACUAUGACCGCUAUGAUCCUCCUCAUCACUUCACUGCGGACAUAUGCGCCGCAGACAGCAAGGGCCUGACAACGUGCCUUCUCCUCCACAUCUAUGUCACAAACGUGGACGACGAGGCACCCUUCUUCACCCCAAACACAUACUUGGCGACGAUCCCAGAGAAUUCAACAGGUCAGACCUUGAUACUUACAAUGACCUGUUUCGACAUGGACCUGGGUAUCUACGGUGAAGUCAGGACAUGGGUAGACCCAUCCAACGCCAUAGCUCACAGAGACUAUGAAGCCAAGCUUCUGGGCCGCACGCACCAGCAGCGCCUUGCCCACAAAAACUUCAUAGAAAUCCGUGUCCGAAAUCAGCUCGACAUUGAGAAGUACUCAGUCAUCACGUUCAAGGUUUUUGCAGCUUCUCCAAGCCAAACUGGCUUCGCUACCGUCACUAUUUACAUCAGUAAUAUCAAUGAUAAUAAACCAAAAUGGAACAAGACAUUCUAUAAUUGGGAAACGUCUAUCUAUCGACACCUGGGACACGUUGUUGGAUCUGUCCACGGAUAUGAUCAAGAUAUCAUUUACAAUCGGGUCUUCUACUACCUUGUGAAAGAUAGCAUUGAGUUCUCCCUGGACUCCGUGACUGGGGAAGUGAUACACAAGAUCCAGCAUGUCCUGCAAUCCUAUCAUAGAUACGUCAUCCGAGCUUACAUCAAGGAUAGCGACCCAGCCCACGACCAAGGAGGGGUGGCCACAAUAAGGAUUGAUACAUACGUUGACAAAGACGUGCUGACAAACUGGACGAGUUGCAACAGCGUCAAGUAUUACAAGAAUGAGACGAACAAGCAGCAGUUCUUAGUAGGCCUUCGGAAAAUGUGUUCUCCAUGCGUUCCAAGGAUACAUGACAUUCUUAACGACAGCAACGGGAAACCAAUUAUUCUCCUCUACUUCCUCACCGAUGACACUACAGAAUACCACCGUCAUGUCGAACUGGUCAAGCAGUACGUUUCACCAGAAGUCCUCAUGGCCAACUUCACGAGAGAUCUCGUCGAAACACCGCGAGAGUUUGUGAACAACGCCAGCAGCGAGAUUGCAAAGGAUUGCAUAGAGAAGAUUACGUGGUACAAGUACCCGGAUCCAAAACACAACUGGAUUCUGGACACUGUUGAAGGGAACGUUAUCCUUGGUAUCAUUCUAAGCAUCGGGCUGACAGGUUUGCUGACUGCUUUGAUAUGUGCCUUGCAAAAAGCAUUUCAUCACAGAGCUAAUUACGGCUUGGAUGGAACACCAGUGAAAGGGGAGAAGACAGUGAGUAAGUCUGAUGUCUACGUCAUGUCAGAUGACCCAAAUGUGAUGGAUUUUAGAUACAAUAACAAGCCACUUGUUCCUGCCUCAACCCACACAGACGUGAUGCCCGACCUUCCUGGAACGCCUACUCCACCCGACUCCGAGCUUCCAACGCCCAUUGGCAGCCGGCUGGCAUCAGGGAACGCGAAUGGUGAAAUACCCUCGAGGUCUCCACUGGCUGGACGAGUAACUCCAUCGGCCAGAUGAUGAUAUCGCCAAGGAAACGACCAAGGCCAUUCAUGGUCACCUACUUGUACAGAAAUUAUUGAUUGCCUAGUGACGGUUGAACAUAUUUUUUUGUAAUGAUGCACACAGUUGUGAAUUAUCAAUGCAUACGCAUAUAUUUUUUGGGAGAAUUUUCACCACAAAAAUCGAUUUAUCUUGUAACUGCGUGUUAUAUCGGGAACUCAGUUCAUCAUAUUUGUAGAUACUUUAGAUUAUGUUGUGGGUAAUA